AAUCCGACGAGGGCGUUUAGUUGGCCUGGUUUUAAUCACGUGUCGAGCUUUAGGUGGGGGAGUCUCACCAGUUGACAUUUUAGACGUUUGAUCUUUCACAAACCCCGACUUGCUUUCCCUAUAGCCAGUAGGCAUAUAAUACUCCAAUAUAUGUGCAACCCAAUCCCUCAAGGCUGAACUGCGCAGAACCGUCCUAUUAGUACAUACGGCUCCUUGACCUUGAAAAAAAUGAACCCAGCGCAGCUCCCAAUACAAUCGCAGCUCGUUCACCUCCGCAAUGUCCUAUCUCUAAACCCAACACUAGUCCUUGUGCUCACACGUGCCGCAUCACUCAACCUGCCCAACUGGUACCUAGCCGCCGGUGCCCUCUCACAAACCAUCUGGAACAAUGUCUCAUCCCUCCCUCCCGAGACAGGCAUCCACGACUACGAUCUCGUCUACUACGACGCCUCCGAUCUCUCGUAUGAAGCAGAGGACGUUGUCAUCCAGGCCGGCAAGCGGCUCUUCGCCGACAUCCCCGUCGAGGUUGAAAUUCGUAACCAGGCCCGCGUCCAUCUAUGGUAUGAGAAGAAAUUCGGGCUCGCACGUCCGGCAAACCAGAGUGUCGAGGAUGGCAUUGACUCGUGGAUAUCGACAAGCGCGAUGCUUGGUGUGAGGCUGGAUGAACAUGGGGAAUGGAUCUUUUAUGCACCGAGGGGUCUAUCCGAUUUCUUUAACAUGGUUGUCCGGCCGAACACAGCCUUUGCGAAAAGGGAAAAUUAUGAAAAGAAGGUAGAGAGGUGGAGGGCGAUUUGGAGCGGACUCAAGGUUGAAGCUUGGCCAGAGAACCAAUGUGAAUAAGCAUCUACACCAUCGUUCUCUGUUUCAUUGUUCAGACGAGACCCAACGUCCACCUUGCGUAAAAUAUGAUAGAAGAACAGACCUAGCGCGACAUUUUAGACUCAUGAAGCAACUUAUUCCCACAUAUCAAUAGCCCCUUCACUUUACAAAAUGCGGGUUAUCACGCCAUCAAAGCUCGAGCCCUCACUCGUGGCUUUUCUUCCGUCGCGGCAGCUUAAGUAAAGGCACACAACCAACAGGAACCACAGUGGGCUAUUGCUUCAUAGACCGGAGCUGUAAGACAUCCAUUCUCUCCUCACAGCCAAUAGACGGUAUGACGAGAUCUCGAGGUUCGCUCCAGAACGCGGGCCAGUGCCUAGAUCUCAGUGAAAUGAAGCCUGUGGCGUCCCGUGGCUGCCUGCAUCCC